AUGGUCCCGUUGAUAAGGACACCGCUGGAAAAUGGUUUGAACUCAAUAUGCGUGACCUUGAGUGGGAUAGCCGUAUCGAGUAGCGCUUCUUCCGGAACAAGUGACAUCACCGACCCGGGUUCUCCGUUCAGCACGUCGAGUGACGAUUCGACGAGUUCACCGGGAAAGUGUAAAAUAAUUGAAAAAAGGAGUCAAAGCGAAGAGAAAUCAGAAUUAUCUUGGUCGGAACCACCGACUGAGAGAUGCAGGAGCGAAGAGAAAAUUUGGACGAAGACGACAGAGGGAGACACACAGUGGGAGAAGAAAAAGAAGAAAAAGCCGGAGGAAAAUGAGGAGCAAAAAUGCUGCAAUAAGAAGACUGAGAAUAAUUUAAUAAAAAACGCGUCUGAGACUGAUUUUAAAAUGGCUCCAAACGUGCCCUCGGCAUCGUCUCCCUGUGACAUAUGGACUUCGAUAAAGGGAAACAACACUGCCAAUGACAACACUGCCCAUUUUAAUAAAUCUGAUAGCAAAGCCAUUAUUAUCAACAAAAGACUGAACGUCGACGACGUGAACGAGUCGAUACCUUCUCAUCCUCCAUUAAAUAAUAAUAAUAAUAAUAAUAAUAACGUAGUUAAAGUCCCUAGUCCGAUUCUUAGUGAAAUUGAACACGACGAACGUGUCAUCGAUAAGAACAAUAAGAAGAAGAGCAGAAACGAUAAUUGUGAGGGUCCGAAAGUGAAAAAGAGAAGGUCGAGUUACGAUAGCGGAAAAAGUGCCACGAAGGAAAGUACCGACAAUGGUGGUAAUAAGAUAAUAAUAAUUAAAAAUGGAAUCGUGAAAGGAGGAUCGUGUGAGAAAUUCGGAGUCGGAUCCGUGUCGACGAAACCUAAAAACGACAGGAGUCGACAUCAGGGUAAAAUAACGGAAUAUUUUAAAUCUCAGAUAAAAUCACUCGUGGGAUCGAAAAGAGAUUUCGGUUUGACGAAGAAAGACGCGACGGGAAAUGGGAGCAAAUCGAAAUUGGUGUCGGGAACGGAAAACCUGGAAGAACCGCCGUUGAAAAAAAUCGUCAAAGUCGUGCAAGAGGAUAAACAGGGAGCCCCGCAAGAAGUUCCCGUUUUCGCGAAACCCUCGUCCAAACAAUCCCCCCCACUUCACACCAUAAUGCCUUUGACGGAGCCGAGCCGAUUGUUUUCGCAGCUUUCGAACUUGCCACGAGCCGCGGAUUUCCUUUUGAGCAAACCCGCGGAAACGAAAACGCUUUUCAAUAAGAUAUUACAAAAUCACAAGAAUCGGAGCAAACUCGCGGAGAGUUACUUAAAAUGCAGGACGGUGCUCAAGCCGACGGGGAAACCGACACCGGAAACGGAUGGAACCGUACAAAAUCACGCGCCAUAUGAUUCUAGUAGUACAAGAAAUAACUAUAACAUUAAUAACAUUAAUAAUAAUAAUAAUAAAGAAUUAGAUUCGAAUUUGUUAAACGUUGUAGUUGUUUCAAAUGUAACGAACAAUGAUGUGAUCUCAAAAACCGUGGAAGAAGAAAAAGCGAAUGCGAUAGGAUCGAAGGAAUCGAAUCCUCCGAUAUUAUCCGUACCGAAAACGAUAAGGUUUCCGGCAACGUGUCACAGCAACAGGGUGGAUAAACACAGGACCUCGAGGGAAAGCAUUUCCUGCAGGUGGAACGCAUGCUCCGUACAAUUUGAUAGUGCCACCGGAUUACUCGAACACUUACAGUCUGCACACGUUUUAACUCAGGUCUCUGGAGAAAAAUUCGUUUGCCUUUGGGUCGGUUGUAAAGUUUUCGAUCAGAAAUCAUGUUCCAGAACCUGGUUGGAAAGGCACGUACUCUCACAUGCCGGAAACAAACCCUACAGGUGCAUCGUCGACGGUUGCGGUCAAGGUUUUUCAACUCAAGCAAUUCUCGAACGUCACGUAAACAAUCAUUUUGCAGCAGACGUUAAAAAGGCAUUAGAUAAUUCAAUAGUUCAUAAAUUGUUUCGCAGAAAUGGGAAAAAGUUACGGUAUCGGAGGCAACCGUGGUCAGCUCGAAUGUUCGAUUUUUUCGAUUCUGGAAUAAUGGAAGGUUUAGAACACAGACUCGUAAAGUUGACCAAAGCUCGAACGGGAGGCGACAUCACGGAUAUUCCUGGAAAAUCCCUCGCACUCACUAGUCAGGUCAUCGCGCGAAGAAUGACCGAAAAUGGAAAACAGCAGUUCCUGCUAAAAUGGUUUCCCCAAAACAUAUUGGAGGAUGAAUGGGUGUACGAAGAAGAAUUAAUUAGAAAGAAAACGGUUUCAAUUCCGAGUCUUUCACCCUCAGUGAGUUCAUCACUUCAGGAAACUUUAGAAUUGGUGACAAGAUCAUCAUUGACUUAUAGAAAAGGAAGGAGAAAAAAUAAAGGGGUGGUUGUUGUAUCCUCGUCUGUUCCUACGACUCCGGAAAAAUUGGAAAACUACGAAGAAGAGGGAUCGAUCAAGGAUUGCCCCCCGGUUACCGAAAAACCGGUAGAAAAGAAGGAAGAGAAAAGGGAAAAUAAUAAUAAACGUCCCGACGAAGAGUGUAAAAUCGUCAAAGUCGAAUUGGAAAAGAAAGUUAAAAUGGCCGAAGAACCCAAAUUACCGCCGCCGAAUAAAUGCACAGUCGUGAAAAAAGUCAAAAGAAAAACGAAGGUGAAGAAAACGAUGGAAGAAGGAGAGAAGAAAAAAUUUGACGAACCCAUUUCGUUACCUCCUGUCCUAGCAGCAAGAGUUCCUGUUUACGAUGAUAAGAAAAAUGAUUGUUUGAUAGAGGAAAAGACGACGGUGUCGCUGAGAGCCAAAGAGGAAGGAGGAGGAGGAGGACCCCACCCGCACGGAGUCACGGGAGUUUUACCAGAAGAAAUGUCAAUGGUACCCGUUUGUUCGACCGCCGAAGAAAUCGUACCCGUCCAAACAAAUGGAAUAAUAAUGGAUAACGGUGCAAAAUUAAUUGGAACCCCAAAACCGGAAAUGAUAGUUAACGGUCCGCUCAAAUUGGUCACGUCGCAGUACAUCGAACAACCUUUCGUGCAAGCGGUCAUGCCGGUACAAAUGCCGGUAACAUACCAAAUACCCAUCGUCAAAUUAUCACAAACCUCUGGAAUGUUUUUCUCUCAAGUACCAAAUUACAUAAUACCACCCUCGCCUCCGGUUUUCGGUCCCCCUCCUCCCCCGCCCGUUUCAACGUUCAGAAACGGUUUUCAUUUUUCCACGAGCGGUACCGCUGUACAAUUUCAAGCAUCGUCGACGACGCUUCAACAAACGACAAACGGUUUCAUGCAAAGUACAAAUUCAUCCGGAUUUCAAAUCGUUCAAUCCCCCGCCGCGAACAUACAGCAAAGCGUCCUCCUGACCGCAUUUCAAAAUUCCGGAAUUCCGAACAUAAAUAUAAAAUCCCCGACGUUGAGGUUGUUGAAUUGUCAACCCCUCAUACUCAACAAUGCGAAACCGUUGACGAACGUGAGUUUAACUGUCACAAACGUGUCGUCGGUAUCGAAUCCGAACGCCGCAAGUGCUGCUGCUGCCGCUGCUGCUUUGACGGUGCCUACACUCGGAGUUCCAACGAUGGAAUCCCCAAAUAAAACCGGUCAAAAAAUAAUAACGGCCGCGACUCCGAAUUCGUUGAUGCAACCGAUGAAAAACAACCCGGGACCAAUGGGUGUGGCGGCGGCGGCGGUGUCGAUGGUGACGAGUGGUACGACGACUCCAAAAAAAUUGACUCCGAAAAAAUUAAACAUAUUACCCAAACCGCCGACGACGACGAAUUUAGGAUCAAAAAGCGGAAUCGCAGACGGAGGGAAGAGUAAAAAACAGUGCCUUCAACCGUGCGGACCCGCCCCCGGCACCACAACGUGA